AUGAAGGGGCCUCCAGUUAUUCAGUUGUCUCAUACAGAACAUGCAUCCAAAGGGCCAAUUUCCAAUGAAGGUUUUGCUCUGAGUAGUGGUGCCCCUGAUAGUGAGAUUGAUGUUGACUUUGGAACUCCUCAUGUAACAUCUUUAACCCCAGAUCACAGCGAGGUGUCUGGCUAUGGAACUGGAGGUGGCUCAUCAGAUGGAGACGAGGCUGAAUUCAAGAUUGAGACAAAUACUAAAGAGCAAAGUCCAUUUGAGAAGUGUCAGAAAAUGUCUGAAAAGCAUGAUGUUAUACAACAGUCUGAGGUGGCAAGUUCAGUCAAUGAUUUGCGUGAUUCUUCUCAUACCAUAACUUGUACCAUCACUAUUGCUUUUGCCAUACCUCCUACAAUCACUAAAGGUAUUGGUUACAGCUGACAUGUAACUGUGUUUUAUUGUGCUUACACUACACCAUAAACUUUCACUAUGAAAUAUUUUGGUAAAUAAAACAGCCAGGACUUUCUGUUUGUACACACAACAAAUUUUUAUUUCCUUUAGUAUCCGAAUAAUCCAUGAAAUCAUACUUUACACUAGUCAGCUAAAAGCUCUAAAAGUUGCAUUAGAUAGCAAUUAACUGCUUUCUGACUCAAGACAAAAUUGAAUAUUGAAAAUGUAAUAUUUUGACCAUAUACUUCUCUUUAUGUGCUUUGUAGAGAAACCUAGCUAAGUUAUUCCCUAAUAUUAAUGGGGUUAUUCAUUAAGCAUUGGAUUUUGUCCGGAUUGACAAAAUCAGGUCAAAGAGACUGAAUUCCUAAUUGCUUUUUUGCAAGUGAAUUGAUCAUUUGAAGUGCUAUUUGCCUAACGAAGAUACACUGAGGAGCGUGAGCUGCAGGAAUCAUUCUGCACUAGCUACAUAUCUCCCUAAUGCAUCCUGUUCUGAUGCUGGGAACCUGGUUGUGACAUUUCCCAGGAUAGAGCUCUAUAGUCAGUGCUCAGAGUUAUCACAGCAGCUCCCCACUGGACCUCAGGGAUCAUGAUUUCAAUAGAGAAUGUGUUUGUGUGGUUCUGAAUUAGUGCCAAUAAACUGCAAUCUUUGAGUUUGGAUUCCAAUAUUGUUUAAUGGGUUAGACAGUGGCCAAGUGACAGGUAACAUAGGUUUGUAGUCAAUGGAGUAUAUUCCAAGCAAGGUCUUCUUACCAGAGGGGUCCCUCAUAGUUCUGUACUUGGACCCAUCCUCUUUAAUGUUUUUAUUAGUGUUAUUCCAAAAGGUCUUUAUGGUAAGGUAUGUCUUUUUGCUGAUGAUACAAAGAGUUGCAACAGGGUUGAUGUUCCAGGAGGGAAAAGGCAAAUGGUUAGAAAGUACAGAGUUGGGGAAACGGCGCUAAAGAAACUAAAACUAUAAGGAUGGCAUAUAAGGGGCAGCAAACCUAAAGUAGGUCUCCCUCUAUACCCUACUCACAAAAGUAGUAAACAAGGUAAACCGAGAAAGGUUGUGCCACCUUUCUCUGUUUACCUUGUUUACUACAUAAGGCAAAUGGUAAACAAGAAAAAAUGGUAAUUUAAUAUGGAUAAUUUCAAGAUAAUGCAUUUUGGGCAUACAAAUCUAAGGACAGAGUAUAAAAUAUUUGAUACAGUCCUAACCUCAACAUUUGUGGAAAGGGAUUUAGGGGUGAUUAUUUCAGAUGACUUAAAGGCAGGCAGACAAUGUAAUAGAGCAGUAGUAAAUGCUAGCAGAAUGCAUGGUUGUAUAGGGCGAGGUAUUAGAGGGAAGUGCUAAUGCCAUUGUACAGAACACUGGUGAGACCUCACUUGGAGUAUUGUAAGCAGUACUGGAGACCAUAUCUUCAGAAGGAUGUUGAUACUUUGGAGAGAGUUCAGAGAAGGGCUUCUAAACUGGUUCAUGGAUUGCGGUAUAAAACUUACCAGGAAAGGUUAAAGGAUCUUAACAUGUAUAGCUUGGAGGAAAGAUGAGACAGGGGGGAUAUGAUUGUAACAUUUAAAUACAUAAAAGGUAAUAAACGCAGUAAAGGAGGGGAUUAUAUUUAAAAGAAGAAAAACUACCACACCAAAACAGUCUUAAAUAUCCGCAUUUCAACUUUUUCCAAAUAAAGAAGGGUAUUUUAACUUCAAAAGACAGUGAGUGCAGGAUAUCUUUCUACUGUGUUGUACCUAUUGACCUUGGCUUAUAGCACCCGCAGUAUUUAAAGGAGAUUUCCCUGAGUGCAAGGAUCUACUGGAUUAUUUAUUUAUAUAUAUAUAUAUAUAUAUAUAUAUAUAUAUUGUAGAGAUUGUAGCCGUAUUAGUCCAGUAAUGUAGAUCCUCUGGGUACUUGCCUAGUAUUCCUUAGUCACUCCCCCUUUUGGGGCCCUGUACAUGAGCACACCACACUCAGAGAUACAUUACUACACAAAUGUAGGGCAGGCUGUUUCAUGGCUCGGUGAGUACACAAUUAAGGUGUAAUUGGUUUAAGGGUUAUGGGUAUAUAUUCUUAUGUGUGUACACUUGCAUUUUAUUAUUUGUCCUUAUGAGAGCUUCGUGUGGGGGCUGAAACGUUAACACUUUUAUAUGGAUUAAAUAAAAGUUAAGUUUUACUUGAAAACUUCAACAAAGACCUUGGAGUGCGGUUCUUUUUGCUACAUCUAUCUAUCUAUCUAUCUAUGUGUGUAUGUAUGUAUAUAGUGUGUAUAUACAUAUGCAUACAUAUACAUAUGUAUGUACAUAUACAUAUAUAUGGGUCUAUGUAUGUGUAGGUACAUGUAUUGGUGCUUGUGUGUGGAUGUGUGUAUGUACAUAUAUUCAGGCAUUUGGUUUUAUCUAUAAGUAUAUUGUUGUAUGUACUUGUGUAUACUUGUACAUAUGCACUACUUGUGUAUAUGUACAUGUGUGUAAGUGUGAGUGUGUGCGCGUCUGUCUGUAUGUUGGAUAUAGGCCUUCAUGCAUAUCCUGUAACACUUGGCUGGGAAUUCAUGCAUUCUUAAUUUUAGUAAUUUUUUUUUUACUCUCAUCAUCUCCUGCACUGUUUGCAUGUUUUGGGUUUUUUCUCUCUCUAUGCAAGAAUGCUGCCUGUUCUCUAUCAAACCUGUGUCUUAUCUUCACUCAUGUCGCUUUAACACUUGUAUCACAACUCAACUUUUAAUUUUAUGUGUCAUCUUGCUCAGAGUUGCUUUAGACUUGAGAAAGGGAGGUUCUCCUGAAAGCUUGCCAUUAAAAGAUGUUGUUAGUCCAAUAAAAAAAAAAAAAAAAUAUAUAUAUAUAUAUAUAUAUAUAUAUAUAUACACACCCACAGGUCUUCUUGUUGCAGUAAAGGCUUACAUUUUAUUCUAUUUUACAGACAAGCAAAGUUGACGUUCUGAACCUCCUCCAUCUGUUCUUUCUCACGACUAGAGAAAUGGCCGAUAGAGGUCCGAAACAUCGAAUAUAUAUAUAUAUAUAUAUAUAUAUAUAUAUAUAUAUAGAGAGAGAGAGAGAGAGAGAGAGAGAGAGACACCUUUCUGUCUUAUCAUUGGCCAUAUGUGACACCUCAUUUAUUACUUGAAUGUAUAUGGGGAUGGUUGUUUCAGUAACUAGAUCUUGUUAUUUGCAGAUGAUCCCACCCAAGACACUAAAAAAAAUCCAAAACAGCAGAAGAAGCUAAUAGACUCUCCCCGGGCUCAGGAAUAUUACCAUUUUGAGUAUCAUCUGCUCCCAGAACACACAGAGCCAACAAAAGCGGAUGUGGUACUGUUCGGUGUUGUGGCCAAGCUCUAUAUAGAACAUGAAACACAGGUAUGUUUAAAAUCCAGUUACUGUGCCAAAAUUGUAUUGCCAGUUUUUCAAAUAAAAAAAAAAGCAUAAUUUGCACUGAAUUACGAUCUGGCAUAUUCCUAGUGCAUGGGUGCAAUUAUUUUGUUAUUACUUAUGUAUGUUUUUUUAUUAACCUUAAACAUAGCUUUAUUUUAAUCUGAAAGUAUGCACUUUUUUGGAUCCAAGUCUCUUUCCGUGUAUCCCAACUUGUUUUAAAUUUUAGUUUUUCUUCCUUAGUUACUUAAACCAUGGUUUGAUGAAAAUGGCAGACUCUGGUUGGUAUGGAGCCACAAGAUUGAACUCUGUGUUACAAAAGACACCAUACUUAAAGCAUUAAUGCAUCAGAUCCAGGUGAAAAUCUGGGACACUAAAGACAAAGUGUCACCAAGAGCCCGAUUUGAUAGACCAAAAGCUUUUAGAUUAUCUCAGUAUGGACAAGAGGAUGACUCAAAAGGUAUUUCUGCUAUAUUUUCUUUGUGAUGCAAUAAACCCCAUCUCUGUGUACGUUAAUUAUAACUGGACAAUUACAGUGAACCAGCACUUUUAGUUUUGUUUUAGUUAAUUGCAACCCUCUAGCAAUAGUAUAACAAAAUAUAGAGUCACAAAAACAAAUUAUCAGUGUAGCAGAUCCCUAGUCCUAGCAGGGACUCUCCGAUGGAUCCACUAAAGUAUAAUCAGGAACAAUAAAACAGCCAAUGAAUACCACACCUCCUCCACAGUAACUGGGAGUACAACUGAAGAUUAUUGUCACAUAAACGGCUUUUAUGCCCAGUCCCAUGCAAGGGGUUUUACACACAAUAAUGCAAGGGUUUCAGUCCCAGGAUCCUCUGUGCCUGAGAGAUAAUUGCCUGAGAGAACUCCUCUAAUUUAAUUAUCUGCCAGGUACUGAAAAUCCAACAAAAUAUCCUGUACUCCAAAAAUACCACAACCAUACCCCAGAACCCCACGAAAAGUACAUUCCCCGAUAGCCCCGAUCUGAGUGUCCAACACACCCAAGAAUUCCUCAGAUCGGUUCUGCAGAACGGGACUGCCAUCGUGGUAAAGUUUUGACCGGUCAGGCACGAGGCGCUAGCCUAAGAAGUGCCAGGGAAAUGGGUGCCCUGGUCGGUCUCCAUUCGUGAGGUUCUUGUGCGAACACCAUACAAGGGAAUCUCUUUAUUUCAGGAUACGAAUGCCCUUGCCUGUUCGGUAGUUCAUAUUUCCCGAACGUUGUUCAUGUAGGUGGUCGGGAACUGGAACGGGCAGUGGUUUAAGGUUGCGUUCGCGCAAGUGCCUAGCCGAAAAGAGUUACAGGUACUCCACAACCAAGUACCGCUGCCCACGUUCGGGAGACAAGAUGGCCACCAUUCUCUCUGCCAUGUGUUCGGCUACACGAAAUGGCGGCCACCCAGGGGAAGUACUUAUUGUUUCCUUUGCGGUUUCGCACUUACAGAAGUGGUCCUCGUUCGAGAAAUGAAGGGAUUCUGUUUGUGUGACAUCUCCCGAACGUCCAAAGAGGAACCCCACAAAACAACAGGGGGAAAACAAAUGAAAGGUGGAAGUUCUGCUACAGGGUUUUAUGGACAGCCGAAAAAGGGGAAUAAAAAGUGUCUAGCAAGCGUCCAUUCCGCUACAAUCAGAAGGGAAUUUUAUUCCAUCAGUGUGGACUGGGUAACAUUUUGAUCUGAAAUGCAGGGUUUUUGUCAAGCCUUUACCUGGUGAAAUAAAAUGUCCUUCUGAUAAUUUGGAGUUACGAUUCCAUACUUUCUUCUGAACAUUAAACAGUUAACACAAAUCUAAUUUUUUUUUAUUUAUUUUUUUAAAAAACAGCAUUGUAUAUUUUACACUCAGCUAUGAUACAUGACCAUUGCAAUUUACAAGUUACUAUUAAUAAUGGACAGUAUGUGCACUAAUUAUGGAGACAUUCUAAUAGGAUUAUAAUAUUUGUGCAUUUAUUAGGGUCUCUGCCCUGUAGACCCAGUGUUACAGUGUUACAUACACAAGCAUGUAGGAUGAGAAUAUAGGAAUAAAGGAAUGCUAUUAUAAACAAGUUGGCACAUGCCGGUCAUAUAAAAUUAUUAUGUAUAAUAAAUUGGAUGGGGUGAUAUAUAGAAAAGUGUGCAAGAAGGAGGAUUGUGAAAUUAAUGAUGUGUUUAUAGGUAUGAUGACCUUUCAAUGAUUUUAGAAAGGAGUAAGAGGAGUUUUAGAGAGAGGAACAAUGAUUGAAGAGACAAGGAAAGUUAAUGGAAAAAGUUAAACAAAUUAAAAGUAUCCUGUUUUGUUUGUUAGUUCAUAGUAGAGAAAUAAUGUAUUCAUGCCUUUACCUUGCAUUCAAGCAUAGAUCAUCCCUGCAAGUAUAUAUGCUUUUCCAAUUUGUUGUUGUAUGUGCUUCUAUAGUAGAAGUAAGUAAUAGCAUAAUUGAGACAUUAGGUGGGUCAAAAAGGCAAAGAGAAUAUCAAAAAUGCUACAGGCUUGGUAAGUAAACAGUUACUUGUGGUAUCUUUGCAUUUUUUACAAAGACCUUCUGGGUUAACACGAUGACUUUCUCAACAGCACUUUCACCUUUUUCCCUAUCUCAAUCUUCAUCUCUUCAUGAGCUUUGUAGCAUCUUUAUCUCCAAGGAUCUGAGCCACUGGUAAUGAGUCACAGUACAAAUAUGGUGGUUUUUUGAAGAUCAUUUUGAUCCUGUCAGGAAUCUUACCUGAUGUGGAGUCCGGUAUGCAGAGAUAUACACUCACCCUUGAAAAUAAACACAGACCAAGGGAAUUUUAAAGUUCCACUAGGAUGUGUUGGAACUGUAAGAAAUGUUAAAGUUCCAAUAGGAGGUGGGGAUGGAGCUAAAGCCAAAGACUAUCAGUGUCAUUAGGAAGAGAAUAUAUAGAUAAAAGGGAAGGGUAACUAGAAAAAGCAUUGUUGGACACAUUCUGAAAAAAAGCUAUAUGUAUGUAUUUUAAUGGUCAUAUAAUGCAGCUUUUUGCCACUAGGAAGUAGAAAACAAGGAAAAAAAGGCAAAUUAGCAAUGAAUUCAUAUAAAUUCCUGGUUUUAUGGCAACAUUUUUUAUAUUUUUUGUUGGUUUUGGUUUUCUUUAUAACUAACAGGGUAAGUUAUAACUAACUUAAGUAAGAAUUCAGAAUUGAUAUGGUCAGAGUAACCAAACUAAAAUUAUAGCUGACUUGGAGAAUUGUUUUCAGUUUGACUAUUCUGACUUUAGUAAAUAACAAUGUAAGUAGUUUUUCUGUGUUCACUCCAGCCCUGCCUCAUAAAUAUGGGUAAAUUCUCCAGAAAGGGUUGAAAUAAUUUAUCUCUUUCUCUUUGCUGCAGUGAAACUAUUAAUCACGAGUCAAAGAAAACAUUUUGCAGAUGGCCAACCCAGACCUAGUUUCAUUCUUCAUUCAGACCGGGAUGCUGUAGUGUCACGGAGAAAUCUCAGCUCACAAGGUAGAUAUGCAUCACUUAAAUUGAGGUGAGGCUGCCUAGUCUAAUUCUAAGGAAAUGUGUUCUAGAGAUAGGAAAUGUGAUGAACACUUCCAUUAAUUAAAAUAUGUUCCUAACUAUUAUUCAUGGCAGCAUCAUUAUGUCCAGAGCAGGACAGGAAAUACUGUAGUUAAAGUGUCAGGAUACACUAAUAUGCCCAACACGCAGAACUUAAGUAAAAAUAAAGAAAACCCUAUGGCGUAUUACCGGGCCUUAGAACGGCCGGAUUUAACGUAAAAAAAGAAAAGUACAAGACAGGCUGAGGUCAGGAAUACAGAGUAUAUGUAAACGGUAGGUAACGAACACUCGGAUAACCAGAAUGAAAACCACGACAGGGUACAGAGAAAUGAACGAAAAAAGUUUAAAUAGCCUAAGAUACUCUUUGAUUGGCUGCAGAGGAGCAUAUGACAGUGGAACAUGUGUGUGUGACCUCACACACGUUCCCAGUAGUAAUGCACGUUCCCUUUAGGGUUUGUAGCGAAAGUAACCUUGCCACUGGUUCUUGGAGGGGCCUGUUUGCCUGCCUCCUGCCCUCUGACUUUGGCCCCUGUGAUAAAACUUGGUUAAAACCACUGUUUGUGCCUUUUGCACUUCUGACAUUACUUACUCAGUGACACUUCGAACUCCCGAAAUGGCACUUCGAACAACCGCACAAACCAGAGACCAAACUGGAGCUUGUUAACACCUAUUAACAACUUGGAACGUUCUCACCGCAGUGUUCUAAUUGUUCGUCUGGGUGGCAGCAAUUCCUAUAGACCACAACAAGGUGGCGGCCAUCUUGUUCGCAUGAACGCAGGCAGCAGUGUUUGGGCAUGAAUCUCAUGGAACUAAAAUAGGGCACAGAAACUCCAUCAUCGCAUGCGUUCGGUGCUAUACAGUCUAAAGGGGCACUGUUCGGUGAAAUCAUUUGUCUGGAUGAGGGGAACAAGCUCCAGGGUAAGCCUAUUGACUAUGUUCGUGUCAGGGAUCUUACCUGGAGUGGGAAUCCGACAUGCAGAGUUAAAGCACCCUUUGCAAUUAUACACAGACCAAGGGGACUCAAGGUAGAAAUCCCCAAGGCUGUGAACCAGUGCACUGUUUCACUGCUUUGGGGUUUUCUGCCUUAAGUCCCCCUGGCUUGUGUCGUAUUGCAAAGGGUGCUUUAACUCUGCGUGUCGGACUCCCACUCCAUGUAAGAUCCCUGACAGUUCGGUAGUUUGUUCAUUUUCAAACUACCGAACUAGACCAAAUGCAAGCCCUGAUUCCCUGGAACUGUUUUGGGCCUGCGAGCGGUCAAAUAAAUGACUUUCAGGAAAUACCUGAACCCCUGAACUAAUCAGGGUGAUUUUUGGAUAUGCAUGUCACCAAGAUCAGGGCUAUCAGGGGACAUAACAUUUGUGGGGAUAUUAUGUGUUUUGGGGUACUUUUGGGGUUUUAUAAAAAUAUGUGUUUCUUUUCUGCCUGUAGAUAAUUGAGUUAAUACAGUAUCUGACUCGAUUAUCUCCCAGGCAGAGGGGAGGGAUUGUGUGCUGUGUGUGGGAGUGUCAUGACUUGUAACCUUAUUGUUAUUGGUCUGUGACGUUGUAAAUCAGUCUACCAUCAGGUCCAUGUGGGCGUACCCCUUGCAUGGGGAUUGUCAUAUAAGGCCAAGUGUGGCACCAUUAAAAUCAGUUCCUCUUCAGCCUCAACAUAGAGCCUCGUCUCAUGUGUGGAGGGGACAGCUAUAUUCACUAUGGGGAUUGCUAUACUCAUUAUACUCCCCUGGGUUCUAAUCACUAGCUCUUAUAAGAGCUGUUCCUGCUAUACUCUCUGGAAGCUGGAUCCUGGUCUUGAGGAGAGGAGUCCUGUCAGUGAGGCCAGUGGGUGCCACAGGAGUAGCUGAGUAAUUGGCGGCAUACCCAUUGCCAUGUGGGAAUGCCGCAACAGGAUGUUCCUGCCGCGUCUCAGUCUGCUCUCUGGCAGGAGUGGACACUGCAGGUGCUGUGACUAGGAGUAAGUAUUCAGCGGCAUUCCACUUGCUAUGUGGGAAUGCCGCCGCAACGAGACGUUCCUUACGGGUCCUAGAGCACUCUGGCAGGAGCGGACCCAGCGGGCGGCGUGACAAAGAGACUGCAUGCUUUAAAGGUCUCUCCUGCUUCUGUACUGCCGUCUGUUACAAAGCAAAUAAAUAAAUGGGAGGAAGACUGAUGCAGCCAUGGAUAAUAGCCAGGAAAAGAAAAUUACAGUAAUUAUGUCAACAUUUUCCUUAUCCCUGGCUAAUCUUGGCAGCAUCACUUAUGGGUAAUACCCAAGCAUGAUUCAAAAAAGGGUGGGUAAAAUAUCAGAACUCAAAUCUAGGAUGCAAAUAAAUUAUAUUUUAUUCAUAUGAGAAACAGAAGAAAAAACUCCUUUGCCAAGAGAUGUAGAGAAAAGGCCAGGCCACAUUUGCAAUGUUUAAUGAAGAUCACAGGAGAAGCGAGGUGGCUGCGCCUUAGAUUUGCCAUCUGGAGGAACCUGUGUCCAAUUAGCCCAAGAAAUUGCUACCUGGUGGAAUGUGCCUUAAUUGUGUCAGGAGGAGUACGUUGGUUCUAAAGAUUUGUCUCUGAGAUCACCACCGAAAUCCAAUGCCUUAGGUUGAAGAUGAAGCAGCUUGACCUUUAACAACACCGGAGGGGGCUUCCAGAAGUCUCAUCAGGAGAAGAUGGAGUUAAAAAAAAUGGUAGGACCACUUCCUGAAGAAGAGACCACUUUGGGCAAAAAGUAUUUCCUGGGUUUCAAGAUCACUCUGUCGGGAAAUAUAAAUGUAUGGCAGUCGUCACUUGAGAAGGCCUGAUACUGAGGCCUUUCUUCAGACCUGUCUGAAGGAAUUCCAAUACCCCUAAGUGAGAGGAAUGUAAAAAUAUAUAUAUAUAUAUUUUUUUUUUUUGAUUCUUUGUUUUUGUUUGCACAUGAGAACAAAGCAGCGUAAUCUGCUAUGCCCCAACAGCAUAAACAGAGAUUUUGCAACAUUCUAAUACAGUUGGUUAGCAUAGUGACAAAAUAGCACAUUUUAUGAAUAACUGCAUACUACAUGGACAGUGACAUGUGGAUAAAUGCAAGUAAUAAAGCGGAAACGGCAUGGUGCACAUCAAAGCCAUUGUAAAUGUUAGAACUAAUAGAAUGGUAAAGUAUAUUAUAAAUUAAAAUAUAACGUUGAAAGUUGAGGUGUAAUGAGCUGAGAUUAGGCGAUAGGGCUAGUGGGACUAUUCUUGGAAUUUUAUAGGUACACAAUUUGGUGUUGGUUGAUCGCUAGAAUAAAUGUGGGAUCUGAAGGUGUCGAGGCCGUGGAGAGCUGCUAUAUUGUGGCGAGAGCCGCCAAUUGUCUCCUGCUUAGUUGUAGGUGGAGAGUACUGUGUAGUGCCACGGAAUAGAGGGAUAUGGGAUAUAAGCCAGUGUAAGUAAGCGUAGUUUGUGGCGAUACCGUGGUAAGCCAGGGUGGUAGCUGUGCCCAAUGACCUGGACAUCUUUUGGGGGGCGGGGGGGUGUGGGAGCUUAUGGAGGGUCAGCUCCAAAUCUAAUGCUUGCCGUUAGUAUUACACAACAUAUUAAAAAUAAGAGAAAUUAAAUGAAACAAAAUUAAGUAUAGCGACAUCUGAACAUAACUUGAAAAUGCAUAUGACAGACAGCUAUUAUGAAAAAUUGAACGUGUGGGUUCGACAAAGUUCUGGGUUUAGAACUUGCUUUCUGGAGGCUUCACGUUCCCUGGCGGCCCAUGUCUCAGCCGAACAAGGCCCCUCAUCCUGUGUACACUCCAGCACUGGGUAUGAAAGGGACAAUAUUCUGCAGUUCCCAGGUUUUGUGUGCAGUCGAUGUGGAGGCAGUUUUUCUCUGCCAGGCCCAGCUGUGCUAGGAAGGCAUGAGGGGCCUCCUCAGCUGUGAAUCGGAAGGUAGUGCAGUCUUUAGUGGCGGUGAGGGUGUGGGAUGGCCCCCAUCUGUAGGCAUUAAUAUCUAAACCGUUGGCAUCAAAAGUGAGUACACCCCUAAGUGGAAAUGUCCAUUUUCCCUCCCAGGUGUCAUGUGACUCCUUAGUGUUACAAGUUUAGGUGUGAAUGGGAAGCAGGUGUGUUAAAUUUGGUGUUAUCACCAAUUUACAAAGACAAGUGUCUACAGUCAAGUAUGGUGGUGGGAGUGUCAUGGUCUGGGCCUGCUGCCGGCACUGGGAGCUACAGUGCAUUGAGGGAACCAUGAAUGCCAACAUGUAGUGUGACAUACUGAAGCAGAGCAUGAUCCCCUCCCUUUGGAGACUGGGCCACAGGGCAAUAUUCCAAAAUAACGACCCCAAACACACCUCUUAGACGACCACUGCCUUGUUAAAAAAGCUGAAGGAAAAGGUGAUGGACUGACCAAGCAUGUCUCCAGACCUAAGCCCUAUUGAGCAUCUGUGGGGCAUCCUCAAACGGAAGGGGGGGAAUGCAAGGUCUCUAACAUCCACCAGCUCUGUGAUGUCGUCAUGAAGGAGUGGAUACUGUAUAACGGUGAAUAUGCAUCCUGACUUCUUGGAGUCCAAAGUAAAAAUAAUCUGCUUGUCAGACAGCCACCAAAUGCGAUCUUACCUUGAUCAUGUAUUGCACAUCAGGAAAUAUCUCUUUUUAGCACUAAUUUAUUUAUUGAUUCAGUGUUUAAAGGGACACUAAUGUCACAGAACAACUGCAGCCUAGUUUAUUUGUUUUGGUGAGAAGAUUCAUUACCCUCAGGCUUUUUGCAGUAAACAUUGUCUUUUAAGACAGUGAUAACUCCACUGGCCACUCAUCAGAUGGCUGCUAGAGGUGUUUCUUGGGGCAGUGCUCCACACUGUGCUGCACACUGUGCAGUACUGCCAUUAGGUGUCUCCGCCGUCUGCAUGCAGACACUGAACUUUCCUCAUAAAGAUGCAUUGAUUCAAUGUAUCUCUAUGAGGAGAUGCUGAUUGGCCAGGGCUGUGUUUGACUUGUGCUGGCUCUACCCUUGAACUGCCUCCUUGACAAUCUCAGCCAAUCCUAUGGGAAAGCAUUGUGAUUGGCUCACAGAAUCACUUCUGAUGAUGUCAGGCAUGCAGACAGAUCAGGGGCAGAGCCAUCAGCAGCAGACUUGAAUACAAGUAAGAUUUUAGUAGAUUUAGGGAAGCAAGGUGGGGUCAGAGGGGUCUAGAUGGGGGUUUUAACACUAUAGGAUCAGCAAUACAUGUUUGUGUUCCUGACCCAUUUCCUUUAAAUCUCUUAAGUCUCCAUAGUCAAGGUUUCUUUAUCAUUUUGGCCAGUCUCCUAUUCCAGCCAAACCAGAACCCAGGGAUCUUGAUGAGUUCAGUUUUCAUGGAAAAGGGAAGAGGGUCUGAGUCAGAGAGAAUAAUAGUCUAACUUUCUGAAGUUGAUUUCUGCUCUGGGAACCUUGCUGAAGUCAUUAAAGUUUCUUGACGAUGCCCUCACAGCUUAGGGCAGUAAGUAGUGCAACCAUCGAUUUAGAACAAGCACUUCUUUUCCUUGGCUUACUGGUGUGGUGAUCCCUCUGAUUGCUGGAUUCCUUCUGCAUUUAUUAUUAUUAUUUUGUUAUAUUAUUUAUAAAGCACCAGCAAAUUCUGUAGCUCUGUACUUGGCAAACAGCUCUAUGCUGCAGACGAAAUGCACAGGUGAGAAAGCAGCCUUACCUUAUAACUGACAAAAUUUUGAAUGGGUUAGUCUUCAAGGCAUUCAAUAGCACAAUACUGUAAAUAUCACAAUCCAUUACCUUUGACUUAAUGGAUUGGGUUGGUAAUGAGAACAGGUCAGGGCCAAUAAGGUAACACAGCUGGUAGACACUCUCAGAGUUCCCUGUUGUGCAUUAAAGUGGCACUGCCAUGCCAAACUUACUUUUCCCCAAUCGAUUCCUCUUCUCUCCCUCUGUCAGGAUCUAUUCUUCAUUUCUUCCUGUCUACUCUAGUAGGGAUUAUUUGCUCUUAUGGAGGUUUCCUAGACCUGGCCAUCUCUGACCAGUGGAGGAACAAAGUGUGCUCUGUUUACUGUGGUCAGAGAAAUGCUCCCACAAUUCUUACCUUUCCUCUGUGAUCUCGCAAUGCUUCCUGUUAGUAUUCCGGAACGUCCUGUUACUUAGACAGAACGCCGGCAGAACUACCGAAUUUCGUCCUAACAGAAUGAGAACAGUUUCUCCAUUUGUGUUAGGAUGCAAUAUCGGGACUUUGUUCGGAUCGGAAUUUCAUUCGAAUAACUUCCUAAUUCCCACGGUAUCAGGCAGCUAUCUACGAAAAGGCUGAAACACCUAAAUUGGUCUUUCAGUCAAAUUUAUGAAUACCAAGUAAAGAUUAUUUAGUAUUAGUAAAUUCUGCCUCUACUUGCUAUAUCGCAAGUAGGGUCAUGUCUAGCAAACAUUUUCAAAGUUUGGGUAUUAUGGAUUUUUAUUUGGCCUUUUUUGGGGCUGAAAAAAGAUUAGAGAAAAAGAAGACAUCAAAUGGUAAGUUUGUUUUAUUUACAGGUAUUCAGUUUUAUUGUUCCCCCCCUCACUAUUUUUAGGGUGAGGGGGGUAGGCAGGAAUUAAAUCUUUUUGGGUGGGAGGGGGUGACUAGGGGAUUGGGGACACCUAGUCACCUGGGGGGGUGUACAUUUAGCCCCCAACCGCCGCCCAUGGGUGUGGGACGGGGGGCGAGGACAGUAGAUCUCCCCCACCUCAUUGUCAUUUAAAGCCCCCACCCAUCGCCCAUGGGUGGGUUCUGGAGGGGGAGGACAACAGGCCCACCCCCCAUUUUCAUUUAGUGGGCCUAUGGGUUUUGAUGCCUUCUGUAGUGCUACAUUUAGCCCCCAACUGUUCAGGUGUCACACAGUAGUGGCAGUGAUUACAUUUGAUAUACAGCACAGCAACAGCGUUUUAGCCAAUCAGGUGAUCAGGACAGCCGUGUAACUCGUGGCAGCCCUGAUCACCUCAGAUUUUAAAAUGGCAACGUUGAUGGAGGAUUCCAUUUCUGUGUCUGCCACACAUACGGUGGAUGUCUCUCCUAGAGACAGCCCCAUCAACGUUAGAAGGCUCCAUAAGAGAGCCUUCCUUGCCAGGGACAAAUCCUCUUUGUCACGGCUGCUAGUGUGGUCCAACACGCAGAAACUAUGUAAACAUAUACAUAAGAAAGGAAAGGAAAUAAAAGGACAGAGCGUAAACCGGACAUUAGAAUGGCCAGACUAAUACGCUAGAGAUAGAGAAUGGUCAAAGGGAAAGCCGAGGUCAAGGAUGCCAGAAAUACUCAGAUACCGGUUAAACAAGCCAAGUCAGGGUUACCAGAUUUCGGAAUAACCAGGGAAAAGCCAAGAUCAGGAUACCAGGAAGUCAGAUACACAAAGAUAAACGCAGUCUCAGGAACCAGGAACAAGAAACCACGACAGGGCAAGGAACUGGAGUGAAUUUGGGAUUUAAAUAUCCCUCUCUGGUCUCUGAUUGGUCAGAGGGUGACCUCUGACCCCAGAAUGUCACGUUCACGUUCGUAUUAAUUUGAGGGGCAGAGCUUGAGAUGGACGCGACCACGUGGUCAGCGCCAUCUUUGAUUUGGACGCGACGCCCAGAGAACGCGAAGGAGCGGUUCCCGGCUCGCGGACGAACAGGUAAGCUCGUGAUGUCGGCGAGGACGUGCGGUGGCCCGGGAGCCGCAACAGUACCCCCCACUCGAAUACCGCUCACCGGGCGGGAAGAAGCCGGCUUAAGAGGGAAGCGGUUGUGAAACGACCGGACAAGACGGGGCGCAUGAACCCAGUCAGCAGGAACCCAACCUCGUACUCCUCCUGGUCACCCACUACCAAGGGCGGAGGAGGAGCAGUAACUCUAGUGUAUCGAUUGCAAGUAAGAGGCUUGAGUAAGGAUACAUUAAAUUAAUUGGCAAUUCUCAUGUGGGCAGGGAGUGCCAAGGAAUAAGUCACAGGGUUAAUACGGUGGAGGAACCGAAAAGAACCUAUGUACCGAAGGGCAAAUUUCAUGGAAGGAACCUUAAGUUUGAUAUGACGUGUGGAUAACCACACCUUGUCUCCUGGUUGAUAGACAGGAUUGGCACCCCGUCUCUUGUCAGUUUGGAUUUUAGCACGUUUUGAUGCCUUCUGUAGUGCUAUAUGAACGGAAUCCCAAGUGUCAUGAAUAGAAUUUAAAUGAGUGUUCAAGGCAGGAAUAUCCGUGUCUGAAAAUUCAGAAGGGAAAACAGUGGGGUGAUAACCCUGAUUUACAAAAAAUGGACUAUGAUUAGAGGAUUCAUGAGUCGCAUUAUUCCUGGCAAACUCAGCCAUGGGUAAGAGUUCAUACCAGUUAGACUGAUUGACAUCGAUAAAACAACGUAAAUAAGAUUCUAAGGACUGAUUGGCCCUCUGCUGCGCCAUUAGCCUGAGGGUGAUAUGCUGAGGAAAAUGAAAGUUCUAUACCCAAUUGCUUACAAAAGGCAUGCCAGAACCUAGAAAUAAAUUGGGUACCUCUGUCAGAUGCUAUGUUUUUAGGCACUCCAUGUAACCGAAAGAUCUUUCAAAAAUAUUUGUACAAGAUCUUGAGCAGAUGGUAAUCUUUUAAGAGGUACAAAGUGUGCCAUUUUUGAGAAUCUAUCUAUGACCAUAAGGAUUGUGUUAAAUCCGUUUGAUCUGGGCAGAUCCACCAUGAAAUCCAUGGCUAAAUGGGUCCAUGGCGCAUUAGGUAUAGGCAGUGGUUGUAACAACCCAGGAGGUGAUUUGUGGGAGGUUUUAGAAACGGCACAUAUUUGACAUGCCCCUACAUAUUCUUUGAUGUCGUUCCUAAGUGUAGGCCACCAGAACCUCCCGGAGAUAGCAGAAAGAGUUUUAUGGACUCCAGGAUGACCUGCUGUCAGAUUAUCAUGGAAUAAACCAAGUACCUUUGUCCUUAACGGUGGUGAAAUGUACAGUUUAUCCGGAGGUCUCUCCACGGGUUUGAUCUGCUAUUAUAGCACAGAAGAGUGGAGAAGACACUUCGGAAACUGUAGUAGCAAUAAGGCAUUCUGGAGGUAUGAUAGGGAAUACCUCAUGUUCAGGAAUCUCAUCUGUCUCAAACUGCCUAGACAGUGCAUCUGCCUUGGUGUUCUUGUCCCGGGCCUAUAGUUAAUUAAAAAAUUGAAUCGGGAGAGGAACAAUGACCAUCUAGCCUGACGAGAGGACAAUCUCUAAGCGUCCCCAAUAUAAGCCAAAUUCUUAUGAUCAGUAAAAAUCAGAAGUGGCUCUUUGGAACCUUCUAAGAGAUGCCUCCAUUCUUUAAGGGCAAGUACAAUGGCCAAUAAUUCCCUAUUCCCAAUGUCAUAAUUUCUCUCUGCAGGUGUUAGUUUUUGAGAGAAAAACCCACAGGGAUGUAAAGGCACAUCAGGACAUUCUCUUUGAGACAGAAUGGCUCCUACUCCUGUUUCUGAUGCAUCUACUUCUAGAAUAAAUGGUUUAGUUGGAUCGGGAUGUGUCAGGACAGGUGCUGAGGCAAAUAAAGAUUUUAAUUGCUCAAAUGCCUCUUUUGCUUCCUUGGGCCAUGAAUUGCAAUUUUCUCCUUUUUUGGUUAGGUUGGUAAUAGGAGUGAUUACAGAGGAAAAACCUUUAAUGAACUUGCAGUAAUAAUUCGCAAAACCUAUAAAGCGUUGUGUAGCUUUAAGGCCUUUGGGUAACGGCCAUUGUAAGACUGCUUCCAACUUGCGUGGGUCCAUUUUGAAACCAGACGGAGAUAAAACGUAUCCAAGAAACUGUAUCUCGGUCUGGUCAAACUGGCAUUUCUCCAGCUUACAGUAGAGGCCGUUCUUUAACAGGAUUUUUAGUACUAUUCUCACAUGUUCGUGAUGUGUCUCUAGGUCUGGGGAAUAGAUGAGAAUGUCAUCUAGAUACACUAAAACGAACAUGUGGAUACUCUCUAAGGACAUCGUUAAUGAAAUCCUGAAAUACCGCUGGAGCAUUGCAUAGUUCAAACUGCAUAACUAGGUAAUGUCCCAUUCUCGUAUUAAACGCAGUCUUCCACUCAUGCCCUUCCUUAAUUCUGACUAGGUUGUAAGCACUUCUGAGGUCGAGCUUAGUGAAGACUCGGGCUCCUUUCAACCUGUCGAAUAACUCAGAAAUAAGGGGAAUGGGAUAGGCAUUUUUUUAUUGUUAUUAUAUUCAAACCCCUAUAGUCUAUACAAGGACGUAGGUCUCCUUCUUUUUUAGAAAAGAAGAAGAACCCAGCCCCAGCAGGUGAAGAGGAUCUACGUAUGUGACCCUUUCUGAGAGCAUCCGUUAUGUACUCUUCUAAACAAAGAUUUUCUUUUAGGAGGCAUAGUGCCUGGUAACAUGUUUAUGGCACAGACGUAGGGUCUAUGUGGUGGUAAUACCUCCGACUGAACUUUGUUGAAUACUUCCUGUAAGUCCAAAUACUGCGGUGGGAUUUCUGUGGUUAAGGGUGGCGCUAUAGGUAUAUUGAUGGUACCAAUAGGUUGUGGCACCUGCUUUAAACAAACACCUCUGCAUCUCUCACCCCAAUUCACGAUUUCUCCUUCAACCCAAUCUAAACGUGGAUUGUGUUUCUGGAGCCAAGGGAAACCGAGUAUUAUCGGGCAUGUAGGUGAAGAUAUAAUUUGAAAAAUCAUUUCCUCAGAAUGUAGAAUUCCCACUGAGACCGUGAUCGGCAGGGUUUCGUGUGUGAUGAGAGGCUGGGUAAGGGGUCUCCCAUCGAUAGCCUCUAUUGCUAUGGGUCUAUCUUUCUGCCUUAAAGGACCACUCUAGUGCCAGGAAAACAUACUUGUUUUCCUGGCACUAUAGUGCCCCGAGGGUGCCCCCACCAUCAGGGUGCCCCUCCCGCCGGGCUGGAUGGCGAGGAAAGGUGUUAAACUUACCUUUUUUCCAGCACCGGGCGGGAAGCUCUCCUCCUCCUCUCCGCCUCUGAUCCUCCUCUUCUGUUGAAUGUGCAUGCGCGGCAGGAGCUGCGCGCGCAUUCAGCUGGUCUCAUAGGAAAGCAUUUACAAAGCUUUCCUAUGGACGCUUGCGUGUUCUCCCUGUGAUUUUCACAGUGAGAAGCACGCAAGCGCCUCUAGCGGCUGUCAAUGAGACAGCCACUAGAGGAUUUGGAGGCUGGAUUAACCCAUUUAUAAACAUAGCAGUUUCUCUGAAACUGCUAUGUUUAUAAAAAAAAAGGGUUAAUCCUAGAGGGACCUGGCACCCAGACCACUUCAUUAAGCUGAAUUGGUCUGGGUGCCUAGAGUGGUCUUUUAAGGGCAGGAGAUAUUUAGCAGAGAAUUCCUUGUCUAGAAAAUUUUCUGCUGCCCCAGAGUCAAUCAUAGCCUCACACUGUACAGCGGUUUUCUUACAAGACAAAGUAACUCUUAUAAGGAAACGGUUCUUAGUCUAUUUAGGGGACAUAUACAUUACACCUAAGGUGCGCAAGUUUUCCGGCCGAACCGGACAUGAAAAUCUUUGAUGUCCCCUUUUGCCACAAUACAAACACAACCCCUCGUUGCGUCUGUGUUGUCUCUCUACCUCAGUGAGUUUAGCAGUGCCCAGUUGCAUGGGUUCAGGUUCUGGAGGUGGAGCAUGGCUAAUUACCACUGGGUUAGAAAAAACGAGGGGCUAUGGAUAAGUUAGAACGUCUAGUACGUUGUUUGUUUUUCUCUCUUUCUCUGAGCCUGUUGUCAAUGUCUAUCAUUGAAGUAAUAAAGUCAUUAAGGUUAACCGGAAGAUCUCUGGCUGCGGUCUCAUCUUGUAUAUUCUCUGCUAAACCUUCGGAGAAGGCAGCCACCAAACCGCUAUUGGUCCAGUCAACCUCAGACGCCAAUGUCCUGAACUGUAUGGCGUAAUCAGCUAUAGAGCGGUUGCCUUGUUUUAUUCUCAUUAGGACUCUGGCAGCAUUCUUUUCUCUCCCUUUUGGCUCAAAAGUAGCUUUAAAUGCUGUUAGAAAUACAUUGUAAUCACGGGCUACUGGAUUGCCACUCCCCAUAAGGGAUUAGCCCAGGUUAAAGCCUUACUCGUUAAUUGGUUCAUUAGAUAGCCAAUUUUCGAUCUAUCUGUAGGGAACGAACCAGGGGAAGCUUCGAAGUGGUAUUCAAUUUGGUUUUAAAAAACCUCUAAAUUCCUUAGAAUCGCCUCUAAAAUGAGUGGGAGGUGAAAGGGUUAUGGACGGUGGUUUGUGUGCCACAGGUGCUACUACAUGUGGUGGAGCCACAGGUGGUACAGGAGGUGCCUCCAGAUAGGCAGUUCUCUGGAGCAAGGUCUGGAAUGCUUGGGCAAACUGAUCUAACCUGUGGUCCAUACCCUCCACCCUACUCUCACAGGCAAUCAUAUGUUUGCAUAGUUCUGCAGGAUCCAUGGCCCUGUCGGAGCAGGUAAGCUCAUGAUGUCGGCGAGGCCGUGCCAGUCGGGCACGGCUGCACCAAGCGGCGGACCAGGAGCAGCAACACUCUUCGUCUUCUGAGGAGGAUAUAGUCCCAGUUAGUAAAAGAAAAAAGGCUUGCCUUUCCUCUUCAAGUUCUGAGGAUGAAUUUAAUUUUGGUCCCUCUUACCCUCAUUCUCGUUUAAGUAGUCAACAUUUUAAAGGGACAGUACCUCCAAAACCGAAACAUGCUUUUCCCUUGUUAGAGGUUUCAAAGUAGUUUUCUCACAAAAGGGACAAGACUCGUUUGAGGGCUGUCAGUCCCUCACCGUCCACCUCAAGAGCGUUUGCUCAUUCAUCCUCCCUAAGCCGGUCCUGCUCCAGACAGGGAUCACCGGAGAUUGAUUGGGAGUGCGAGGAGGUGGUUCGCUCUGCAGCUUCCACUGAACGAGGGAAAUUGAGCAACAUUCAGAUGGACAGAGUAAGCCUUUUAGGUAAAGUGCUCCCUUCAAAAUUAUUCCAUUCAAGAUUGGCCAUCGAGCAAGAAUCAGAAGUCAGGGAUUUUGCCAAACUAGCUUUCAGAUCACCGCUAGUUAAAGAGGAUGAUCUCCUCCUUAGAAAUCAUAUUGGUAUCCCUGACAUUCAGGCCCCUGAAAUUGAUCCAGCACUGUUAUCCAUUACAGAAAGCAGUGUUUCUGCGGAUCCCAUGGAUCAGACAUUGCGCAAUGUAUAA